AAGUCUUCACCUGCAACCCUCUCUCUCUCGACGGGAGUGUGUAGCGAAGAGCCACCAUUUCCUCAUUACGACCAUCUCGCAUUCUCACCCACACGCGCCCACACGCGAGCUCCGCGCCAGUGAGCUUUCACCCCCUGAUCUCCCGAUUCGGUGCAACAAGUAAGAUUAUUGCAUUUUCCACAGCCACAGGCGAUUGCCAGGCAGGAGUCGCGUCGAUUCACUGCCUCUCGUGUGCUUCAAGGGUGCCAAGAAAGGCGUGUAUCUUUGAUAGUUCACCGUUUUUUUUUUCUACUUCACCCCGAGUGGAUAUUUCUAACGUCUAUACACUGUCGAUUGAAGUGGCGAGAAUCGGUGCUAAAGGGGAGUUUAUGUGCGUAAUUGUGAAUUAGAGAGAAAAAAGAGAGAGAGAAUCGCGAGUUCUUCAGUUCUGGUGUGCAGUGAAUGAAGACAAUUUGCCUGAUCCAGAGCAGAGAAUAUAAAUUUCCAUCGGCUGAGGUAUUUCCACGCACAAACAAUGAAGACCUCAUCAUUUUCGCUGCGUGUCAUGAGAAGGGCCCGCAACAAGCCCGCGGACGGAAGUGGCCACUUGCGGCAGAGCUCUGCGCAGCGGGAGAAGACGCCAUCGGGUCAGCGGGGCGCGCCCGCCAAGGCCACAGCGCACUCGGUGAAGGGUCCCGCGCCCGCCAAGCAGCAGGGCGGCAAGCCCGGCACCCCCAAGUCGGCGUCGCAGAACAAGGUGGCCGUCGCGGCCCCGCCGCCGCCGCCGGCCGGGAAGAAGAAGCCCAAGAAGAAGCAUCAGCAGCACGACCUAAUCGUCCGUAUUGAUCUGACGGAGUAUGGAUUGUCAGAGGAGCAAGUCGCAGAAUUCAAAGAGGCGUUCAUGCUCUUCGACAAGGACGAGGACGGCACAAUCACGAUGGCGGAGCUCGGCGUCGUGAUGCGCUCUCUGGGCCAGCGUCCGACGGAGACGGAGCUGCGUGACAUGGUGAACGAGGUGGAUCAGGAUGGGAACGGCACGAUAGAGUUCAAUGAGUUCCUCCAGAUGAUGUCGAAGAAGAUAAAGAACGCCGACGGCGAGGACGAGCUGCGAGAGGCGUUCCGGGUGUUCGACAAGAACAACGACGGACUCAUCUCGUCGUCAGAGCUGCGCCACGUGAUGACGAAUCUGGGCGAGAAGCUGUCCGAGGAGGAGGUGGACGACAUGAUCAAGGAGGCGGACUUGGAUGGCGACGGCAUGGUCAACUACAAUGAGUUCGUCAUGAUAUUGACUGCGAAAAACUAGUGCAAACUCUGCUAUCGUCGGGCUGGCAGGAAGUCAAGGAGCAAGAGCAAAGCGAAGGGCCUCGACGAUACGAAAAAGGACAAGUAGGAAAUUUUGAAGUCCUAAUUGAAUUUUUUGGGCGGAGAGAGUUCAGCGGCGAAAUGCAACAUCCGCGUCGUGCUGCUGAAGAAGGAGGGAAUUUUUCCAACAAGCACAAUUAAUUUAGUAUAUAUAUUGAGGGUAACCUCGUCAUCUCGAGUUCUUGCGUUCUUCGGAAUUAUAUACUUCCAUUGGCCACUAAAAUGUUAAUUGCGGACUUUUCCUCCUUUCGUUGUCGACACACAACUUUCUGGGAAAACGCUGAGAGAAUGGACAACAUUCUCUCCGACCAAUUGAGUGCUAAUUUGUAAAUUGCACUUUUCUAUUCGGCUCUUGACAACAAGGAAAACUCUCAACAAUUGGAAGAAGGAAGGAAGGAAGAAAGAAAGGAUGUUGGAGGUGUAAUUUUGGUGACCACACGAGAGAAUUCACUAUUUUGAGCACUCAAGUGAUUAGAAUAUUGUCGUAAUCAAUUCUAUCCAGGAUUAUGUUCGUCAACGUUGCGUGCAAUGUGUGAAUGUGCAAUGUCAUCAGUAGCAUAGGAAGAUCGUCUAUAAGAUAUGAGCAAAUCUUACAUCGACGGGUGAAUCGAAAACUACGAAAAGUCGAUUUAUCAUAGUUUUCUUUCUUGGGUAUUUUUGAAAAGCUUUUUAUUUGUUCUUCCUGUACAAAAAUUUUGAUAUUUGUAUCUCAUGAGACAAUAGUGAAAAAUCUUAUUUAUCAAAAAGCACAAUUGGAAAAAAUUGUCAUGUUUUACGAAUGAAAAGUCGAAUUUUUCCACGGAAAAUGUCUCAAAAAUUGCAGUGAAACGUAUAAAACGCAUUUUUUAGAUUUCCAGAAUUAUCCUAAAACGGUUUUUAGACAUUGAAUGAAUUUUUUUUUCAUAUUCUUUCUUUUUUUUGCUUGAAAACUGCAAGGAAAAGUUCAAGUAAAGUAUGAAAAGUUGAUUUUUAGAAGUUGUUUCGAUAAAAUCAAUUUUCGAAAGUAUUAUUUUCAGAAUUUCUCUUAAUUUUGCCACAUUUUAGUCAAAAAUUUCAAUAAAUACCAAUAAAAUCAACUGAAAUAUUUACAAAAUAAUAAAUACAGAGCAAUAUUUGCACUUUAACGAACCAUUUGAAGACGUUUUGAGGGUUUUGAAGUAAAUUAACGUUAAAUUUUGAACUCGCUCUGCUGAAAAAUAGCGAUUUUGGCUUUUGAUAGUUUUCGAGGCACCCUUCGACAUGUUCUAUCUCAAAGUAAAUUGAAUUAACUCAUGCAAAAUCUGCAAAACGUAUAAGAAUAUAUGUAGUGUUGUAGUGUUUAAGGUGAAAUCAUAACGCGCACCAUGUCUUGGGAAAAAAAACGACGCGAAAACUUAGUCAUUCGAGAUUAUACUUAAAAGAGAUAUAAAAAUAGCAGAAAAAUACUUAGAAGACUUGCACAGUAGAUCCACAGAGACAGAGAAUGCUAUAAAAAACGUCUCUGGCGGAGUAUAAAAUAUUUUUCAUGACUCUUUUGCAAUCAAUGGUAAUGCUUCUUAUAAAUCCAUCUCACUGGCGCAACACGAGAUUUCAGUGGGAAAUUUGUAUAAUGAAGGAAAUCUCAUUGCAAUUUCAGUCAAAAACACAUUCUUUUUACGACUUUUAUGAUUUACAUCUUGGCUGUCAGUGUAAAUUUCACCAUGUCAUGCUGAAGAUAUCGUUAGGAGUUUUUUUCGUUAGGAGGUGUGUAUUUGGUUCUAUCCUAGCCGAGGUUGCCUAACUUUGAAAUCCUCCGCGAGUAUUUCGUUCCGAAUUCCUCAAACUAUUAGACCAAUUCUAGGAGCUUUAAGUCCACGAGGAAGGAUAGAAAAAAUUGUAGCUGAGCCUAUGACAAAGUAAUUUGUAGGAAAAGAGUGUUCGAUAGAGGAAUGUAGAGUCUUUUUUAUCUAAAAGUAAAAAUUACUACAUGAUUCUUACAUUAUACAAAUAUCUUAUGAAGAAUUUGUCGUUAACUUAUGACGGUGUGUUAGAGAGAAAUUUGUGUCUACCAAAAGAUGUUAAGCAACAAGUCACUGAUUAUAAUCAUGUAAUGUAAUCGUAAUAGUUGUAAGUAGAGUGAAAAAUUCGAAAUGUAACGCUUCUAGAUUCCAUUCGCCUAAAGACCUCAUGAAGAGAGACAAGCAUAUAAAAGAUAUAAAUGUGUAACUUGUAGUGAAAUAUAUAUAUAAUAAUAAUGGACAAUGUUAUAAAACAAGUAGAGAUGGAAAAUGGUGUAAAACUUUAUGACCAACUAAAUGAAAAAAAAGACAAGAAAAACUCCUGUAACACAACAUGAAUAACUGUGCAUUUGUAUAUGAUGUUGAACGUGACGAUGUAUUUGAAAAAAAAAAACAUUUUAAUCAAAUUUACAUAUAACAAAUUAAUCAAAGCUACGUGAACACGUAUUCUCUUUCGAUGGUACACGUCGUAGUGUGAUGGCAUGGCAUGCGGACUUCCGAGGGGCUUUUCUUUUCGCCCCUCGCGCGCCAGGAAAAGCGAGUUAAAAAUCCGCCCAUUGUGUAGGUUGGCAGCCAAGAGACCUUGUAAAUUGCGUGCCAUGAUCACAAUUGCCUAUCCUGUAAUGAUAUAUACUGUAUAAUUGGAUGUACUAAACCUUAAUGUAUACAUAAAUGUACAUAAUGAGUAUCCCAAAGAUAUCAUUAACCUUACUUUGUUCAUCAAAUAUCAGGGUAUGAUCCACAAGAAGAUGUAUUUUCUCGGUGUUGCAAAAUGUAAAUUCUUCAAUUUGGUAGAGAUUUGAGGAAAGUUCUAUGAAAGCUAAUAUUGCAAACUUCUCACAGAUUUUACACACUCAAAUAAUUCUAUAUAAAAGGAGAAAGAAAGAAAAACCUAACAAGAGAUUUUAUCAAAUAUAAAACACUUUACAACAUGAAAUGAGAAAUUAUAUUUUUUACGCAGAGUAAAUAUUAAAACAAACAAUUAGAAAUUGUCUUCAUUUGCAUAAUUUUACCAUUGGUUUUUGGUUGAAAGGAGUUUAAGAAAAAAAAACAUGAAACAAAGGAAAUAAUGCGCAUAACUAACAUAGAUAAGUUAAGUCUUCCAGAGACGAUAAAAAAAACAGAACACAGAUUAACAUAUUCAAAUAUCUGUUGAAAUAUAAAUAUAUAUUCAUGACGAAAAGCGAGAUUUUAAUCAAAAACAAUAAAGAGUUGAAAUAUAUAUUUUUCCCUCCUGACUCGAAGAGUGAAAAUAUUUUGAAGAGAAACUUAUUCAAGUAUUUAUUCAAAAAAAAAACAUAUUUAUAAAAAUAAAGAGAAGAAUCUAUACUCUGGUUUAGCACUUUCUAUCUACAGAUAGCAACAAAUGUUUAACAAAUAAAUACUCAAGCGAAAUUAGAUUGAUAUUAAUAGAGCUCAUGAGCGAGAAUUUGUGAAAAUAUAUACCAAAAAAAGAAAGAAAAUUUAAAGAAUUCCAAUAUAAAAUGCUUCUUCUAGACACAGGACACUUUUUCGAAAGUCAUGAAACAUUAUAGAGAAAAUUCGAGAAAAAUUUGAAAAAUUAUAUAUAAAUUGUAUUUAUUUUUGAUAGAAAAUCCUCCAGAGUUCUAUUUUAUUUAUAUAUUGAUGGUAUAUUUCUCCAUGUAGCAAAAAAUGUUGAUCACUUCAUAUAAAUGUAUGAUGUUUGUAAAGAAUUUCUAUUAUAAUCUAUCAGAAAAAAAUACUCGUAAUUGAUAUUAUAACAGAAUAUUUAUGGAUUAUUAUGUAAAACUACACAAAUGGACAAAUAAAUCUUCAAAAAAGCA